UUGUAGAGGGGGAAAUGCGACGCACAACCCGGAAGUGUUUCUAACAGAUGAGAAACAGUGGAGAAGUGGAUUUGUUUUGCUGAGUUGAUUUGUUUUAGAUAAAGAAAUCGUCAAUAUUGUCGUGUUAUGUUUUGCUACAGCUUUAAAUAGUGAAUAUAUAUAUAUGUGUGUGUGUGUGUUUCUGUCUUUAAUUUCGACAUCCCGUGUAAACUGUGAUGUUGAAGCUCACCAUCGCUCUGUUUGUGGUUGUAAUGGAGAGUGUGUCCUCUGAUGGUUCAGGAGUUUGUGAGAAUAAUAUCGACAGAUUGUGUGAAAUCUCUGUUAAAAGAUGUCAUCAUCAUCAUGAUGAUGAUGAUGAUGAAGAGAAGAGCUUUAAUCCUCCCAAACAUGCACUGAAACUUUCAGCUCAGAAACUAUUAGACUCUCUCCCGCUUGAUAGAGUGAAGGAUAACGCUGUUCGUACGGUGAAGAGGUGUGUGUUUUCUCCAUCACAGCCCACGCCACUGAGAGGGAAAGUUCAGCUCGCUGCUGUAUCACAGGAUGUUCUGAAGAACAUUUUGGACUUGGACGAGUCUGUGACCCGAAGUGAAGAUUUUGUGCAGCGUGUCAGUGGAGGGAAGCUGUUUCCUGGCUCUGCUCCUCUCGCUCACAGAUACGGAGGCCAUCAGUUUGGUUACUGGGCGGGGCAGCUGGGAGACGGGCGGGCACAUUUACUAGGCGAAUACACAAACAGAAAGGGUGAGAGAUGGGAGCUUCAGCUCAAAGGCUCUGGGAAAACUCCAUACUCAAGGUCUGGAGAUGGGCGUGCGGUUCUGAGAUCAUCUGUUCGUGAGUUCUUGUGUAGUGAGGCCAUGCACUUCCUCUCUGUCCCCACCAGCAGAGCUCUUAGCCUAGCGCUGAGUGAGGAGGCUGUGUGGAGAGAUCAGUUUUAUAACGGCACUGUGAGGAGAGAGAGAGGAGCUGUUGUCCUUCGUCUAGCACCGUCAUGGUUCCGAAUCGGCUCUCUGGAGAUUUUAGCCAGAACCGGAGAGCUGGAUAUUCUGAGGACAUUGUUAAAUUUUGUAAUAGAAGAGCAUUUUACAGCCAUCGAACCCAGCGAUCCGAACAAAUAUGUGAGGUUUUUCUCAGUGGUGGUGAAUGAAACUGCGCACAUGAUCGCUAAGUGGAUGUCUGUCGGCUUCGCUCACGGUGUGUGUAACACGGACAACUUCAGCCUUUUAUCCAUCACUAUAGAUUACGGUCCGUUUGGAUUUAUGGAGUCGUAUAACCCGAAUUUUGUGCCGAACUCGUCUGACGACGAGGGCAGGUACGGUAUCGGAGAACAGGCUAACGUAGGCCUGUUUAAUCUCCAGAAGCUUCUCGAGGCUCUUCACCCGGUGCUGUCUCCACAUCAGAGAGCACAAGCUGAGCGAACACUAAGAGGAUAUCCAGAAAUCUACCACAGAAGCUUUCAUGACCUUUUCAAAGCAAAAUUGGGCCUCCUCGGUGAUGACGAGGGUGAUGCGUAUCUCGUCGCCUUUCUGCUAAAGCUGAUGGAGGAUACGCACGCAGACUUUACCAUGACAUUCAGACAGUUGAGUGACGUGAGUCUGCUCGAGCUCCAGAAGAACUCCAUCACUCAGACCAUGUGGGCUCUCUGGGAUCUUUCCUCUCAUGAUUAUUUCUCAGAUUGGGUUGAACUGUACAUAAAGAGGAUUAAAAGUCAGGUGGGUGAUUCAGAAGAGAAUCGGCAUCACAGGAUGAGAGGAGUUAAUCCUCGCUACGUGUUGAGGAACUGGAUGGCCGAGUCAGCUAUUAGGAAAGCAGAGAAUAACGACUUCUCUGAGGUGGUGCUGUUGCUUCACACACUGACUGAACCCUUUGUGGAGAAUGAGAAUGCUGAGAGAGCAGGUUACUCCAGCAGACCUCCAGCCUGGGCUUCAGAGCUGAGUGUCAGCUGCUCUUCCUGAUCUUCCUCAUCUAUACGCCUACCUCUAGCAUGAGUUCUGACAUGAGGUCACCACCAGAGGGCGCAGCUAAUGCCGGUGUAGUCCUCUUUGGAGGAGGAGGUGCGACUUUCCUCAUAGUGGAUGCGGAGGGAUUGAAUCCUCCUCCGGAAGAUGGCGGUGGAGGAGGAGGAGGAGGAGGAGGAGGUGGAGGACCUCCGCCUGCGGAUGGCGGAGGAGGUGGUGG